GCUCUCCAAAACUUCCACAACGUCACUUCACUUCACGCUCUCCCUUGACGCCGGCUGUUAUUAGACCUGGCAGUAAUAGGAUUAAUAUCAAGAUUUGAAUUUAUUACCAUAUGUUCCAUUUUUUCUUCCUUAGAUUUCGGUUUCGUUUUUUUGAAUUUUUGAAUCCUCAGAGUGUAUCAGGUCACCAAUCGCAAGUCCAGUAACUCCUGUUUCUUUUUUGAAAAUUCGACAUCGUUGUUUCUUCAAAAACAGUUCAAAUUCAUUGUUGAAUUUUGAAGAUCUUGGUGAUUAAUUCGGUGAAUAUUUUCUUUCUCUUGAUUUUCUUUAAUCGGAUUUCGGUUUCUACAAGCAGGUGGUAGUAGCGAUUCUCUGACCGUUCGAAGAGGAGAGGAGUGUGGUAAUCGGUUCUGUGAGGUUCCACCCUUCCCUGGCUUACCUAUACAAGAGAUCAAGAUUGAGGACUUGAAUUCUACAUGAGCUGCAGUUAGCAGUUCUAGUGAAAGAUAUACCUAUGAAGAAGCUAUUCUUUUUCAGAUCCUCUAACAAUGGAAACAACAAUGAAGUUCCUCAAUCAUCAUUGGAUAAGCAAGUUCAUUGGGAGAAGCCAUCAGUGAGUGGGACAAACAAUGAAGCUGGUGCCAAGGCUGAGCGCAGUUUCCGGAGCCCUAGGGGCCUAUUUUCUAAAUCCCGAAAGCAAAUAUAUGAUUCUCAAAGCACCAGUACCUCAUGUUCUGGUCUUAGAAAGAGUCGUUCAUUAUCAUCAGCAGCCUUUCUUGCUGAUGGGUUGGAGCAAAAUAAUUCUUCUUUCACAAGUGAUCAAAAUAUAUCUCCUUUUAGUAGUGCUAGUGGUGUUUUCCAUCAGCGACGCGGUCAUUCAUCUCGUCGCCGUGCCCUUACUCCUGAGAGGCUUCCCAAGGCAAAACACCCUGAUGUUGCAGCCAUUCAAAAUGCACAUGGACUAGAGAGGGCUGGUUCUUCUGGUUCUUCUAGAACUAAUCAUGACUCGUCUUGCUCUAGCAAUGUUUCAAGUAAAAUUGUGGACCGCUACAUUGAUGGGGAGCAGCAGCAGGAAAAGAGCACCAAUAGCAUUUCUUUACAGAGAAAUCACACUGGUAACGGAAAUGUUACUGGGAGGCUCCCCCCACGAGUUCAAUAUACAGCUCCAACUUCACCAACUAAUAGUAUCAAAGAUAAGCCCAAGUCUCAUUCAUUUAGGGAAGCUAAAGGUCCCCGUCUUCAUUUCUCAUCUUGGGAUUGGGUGGAGAAUGGAUUUGGUCAUGAAUCUCCUCGGAGACUAGCAAAGAAUGUUAUUGAGAGACUCUCCCAGACUCGUGCUUUUCCCAAGUCAAGUUCAAAGGAUUUUGACAAUGGUAUACCAAUCACAAUCGAAGAUAUCUAUGGUGGAUCUGGAAGCAGAUGCUUUAAUUCAAAUUCGGAUGGGCUGGCUCAAAAACCUUAUUCAUUGGACAAACCUUCUGAAACUGCCAAUGGUUAUGACGUGAAUGAUUUCUCAGACUUUGAGAAGCAGAACUAUUUCGCCAGAGACAAUGCUGGCACUUUGGACUCUGUUGAAGAUGAGGAUGAUGUAGAUGAGGAAUUAAGAAGAAGAUCAAAGGAAGCUCAGGAGAGGGUCAUGUUUCUUUCUGAAGAAGUUGAGGAGGAAAGGUUUCUUCGAGAUAGGUCUGAUGCUUCAAUGCUUAUUCAGACAAUAAGAGCUCUUGUGGAUGAUAGGAGAAGCUUGGCACUUGAAGUUUCGAGCCUUCUACACUCUAGAAUUGCUGACAGGGCUUCUGCCAAGGUAGAACUUAGACAGACAAAGAGAGAUUUUGAGUCACAAAUACAAAGACUAGAGAAGGAAAGGGAUGAAUUGCAGUUAACAUUGGAAAAGGAGUUAGACAGAAGGUCAGCUGAUUGGUCCUUAAAGCUUGAGAAAUAUCAGUCGGAAGAGCACAGGCUUCUUGAGCGGGUCAGAGAACUUGCAGAGCAGAAUGUCUCACUCCAGAAGGAUGUCUAUUCUUUUAAUGAGAGGGAAACCGAGAGCAGAAGCUUGAUAACAUGCUCAGAGCAACAACUUAGGGACCUCACAUCGAGAGUGGAGGAGUUAAGCAAGCAGAAUAUAGAUCUUAGCCAAAACCUUACUGGAUUACAAGAGAAAUAUAAAGCUGCUGAAGAAGACCUCAGUUGUGUCAAAAGAAGUUUUGAAGAGAAAGAGAAAGAGUGCAAGGAGUUGCAAAAAUCCAUUACACGAUUACUUAGAACCUCCAGUGAACAGGAAAAGACUAUUGAUGGAAUGAGAGAAGGAUUUGGUGGGGAAAUUGGGAGGAAGCAACCAGUAGAGAACUCUGAUAAGCUUGUGGGAAAAUUGCAAAUGGAGCAAAUGAGAUUGACAGGAGUGGAGUUGGCUUUGAGAAGGGAAGUGGAAUCUUUUAGGCUUGAAGUUGAUGAUCUUCGGCAGGAGAAUAUAAAUUUACUAAAUCGUUUAAAAGGCAGUGGCCAAGAGAUUGAUGCUUUAACAUUUAAGCUUGAUAAAGAAAUGUGGAACCGCGUAUGCUGCUUGCAGAAUGAAGGGCUAUCAAUGCUAAAAGAAAAUAGUAGACUAUGCUCCAAAUUACUGAAAUUUAUUAAGGGAAAAGGAAACCAACUUCUAGAAAGUAAACAAGAUGCAGAAGGUGUCCACAACGGUUUAGAUGGCCAGUUUAUUGUCGAAUCUGAAAUGAAAAUUCAUGGAUUUAAACGAGGAACUGAAGGCCUAACAAGAAGUCUGCAGAAUAUGUCUUCUUUGCUACAGGAGAAGUCCAGUCUGGUUGCAUCUAAGUCUUCCUCUGUAAGCAUCAAUCCUGAUGGAUGUGCUAGACUAAAUGAUCAAAUUUCUGAGGAAACUGUAAGAUUUGAGCUAAGAGCAGAAACUCUACUUACAAGUCUAUUGAGAGAGAAGCUGUAUUCUAAAGAGUUGGAAGUUGAGCAGUUCCAUGCUGAACUGGCAACAGCAGUGAGAGGAAAUGACAUUCUCAGAUGUGAAGUCCAAAAUGCACUGGACAAUCUUUCCUUUGUCACUCACAAGUUGAAAGAUCUUGAACUUCAGAUGCUGAGGAAGGAUGAGAACGUAAGUCGGCUUCAAAGCGAUCUUGAAGAAUCCUCGAAAGAACUUACAGUCGUGAAGGGAAUCCUCUCAAAGGUUUCAGGGGAGAGGGAUUUGAUGUGGCAGGAAGUGAAGCAAUACAAUGAGAAGAACAUGCUUUUGAAUUCUGAAGUUCAUGCAUUGAAGAAGAAGAUAGAAGCUCUUGACGAGGACAGACUUCUUAAGGAAGGUCAAAUAACAAUAUUGAAGGAUGCUCUUGGCAGACCCUUCGACCUCCUUGGUAGUCCUGAUUCUACUCGGAAUUUCCUUCUUACAUAAUUACUGGUUGCUAGGGCACAGUAACCAAAUUGCUCAUAGGCUCAAGAUUGUGUUUUGAGGGUUUGCUUUCUUUUUUUCAUUUACCCCUAAUGAUAGGGAUCCUACAUGCAGCUGGUAUCCCAAUUAUCACAGCUGUUAAGUUGUAUGAACAAGAUUUUGUGUGCA